AUGGGCCUCUCCGGACUUGCAUUGACCUGCUUGGCGGCGAUGCCUCUCGUGGGGUCGUUCACUAUUCCAUCGCCUUCGUCCAUCAACAGCGAUAUCAACCUGCUGUACUAUAAUGACCUCGACCUGUAUACUGUGAGCGAACACAAGAGCGUGCUCCUGCUUUCUCCUCAGUCACGCUCAGAGGCAGCAGAGGCGUGCGCUACACUCGGUGAAACGUUGUUGCCAGUGAACGAGACAUUCUUCCUCCGGGAACUGGUGCAUUCGUUGCAGUAUCAGGUCUACCAGGGUGCAUAUGGAGAGGACCAGUUGUAUUGGGUCGGCACCAGCGAUGCUUGCCAGGCUGUCAAUUUCUUUGGCUUAGCGCGUGCAGCGGCAUACGAUGAAGAGUUGCCUGCGCUUUGCAGCCAGAGCUCGUCAUUUGGUGCAUCCCCCGCGCCCAGCAAUUCACUUACUGUGAACUCAGGAAAUCUGACCAUCACAGGAUUUCGUGACCAACUUUCAUUCAGAUUUCAAGGAAUACCUUAUGCAAAUCCUCCUGAGAGGUUUACCUACCCAAUGUUCUACUCUGGUUCACCAGUGCUCAAUGCGACCGCGUUUGGUCCCGAAUGUGUGCAGUCAGGUGUCCCGAAUAGCAGUGAAGACUGUCUAUUUCUAAAUAUCUGGACACCAUUCGUCCCACUCGAUGCGUCCACAGUCACGAAGGAGCAGCUCAAACCUAUUUUGUUCUGGAUACAUGGUGGAGCUUUCACUGGCGGGACAGGUUCGGAUCCUACAUUUGCCGGCGGAAACAUGGCUUCGCGCGGGGAUGUUGUUGUGGUGACAAUGAAUUACCGUCUGUCCACCCUCGGUUUCCUGGCUCUCGAAGACGGAACGACAAACGGCAACUUUGGUAUCGCUGACCAGGUCACUGCACUCGACUGGGUACGCGAGUACAUUGUGGCCUUUGGCGGCAACCCCGAUCGCAUUACAAUUUUUGGCCAGUCCGCUGGCGCAGCGUCUGUCCGCGCGUUGCUGGCUUCCCCGCAGGCGAUUGGCAAAUACGCUGCAGCGAUCCCGAUGAGCAAUCUAGCUGGCUCUGACUACGCAACCACGUACUCGUCAUAUUAUACUAUCCACGAGGUCACGACUGUGGUGGAAUCAAUUCUCGAGGAGCUAGGGUGCAAUGUCACAGAUGCGCUCAAAUGCUUGAAAGCAUGCAAUGCAUAUGACCUAGUUAAUCUGAAAAACGUGGCCAGAUUUUUGGUUAUCGACGGCACCUAUAUUAUUUAUCCUGAGCUCCCAUUAAAUGGAUCGAGAACUGUUGCCAACGUCCAUACCAUGAUUGGGUACAUGCGCGAUGAUGGUGCCGCUUUCAUUGGCUAUCCCACAAACGGUAAUUUGACAGCUGGCCUCAUUGCCCAGGAUCUACCGACCACUGUGGUGAACAAUUCGCUCUUUGCACCGUUAACGGGCCCCAAUACUACUCUUGACGUGUUUAAUGUCACAGCGCGAGUGGGGACGGAUGUCGAGUUCCGCUGCCUUGACCAGGCAACCGCGUGGUCUGGCUUGCAGCACAAUUUGUUUGAGAGUAUUUGGUUAUAUCAAUUCAAUCGAAGCUAUCAACCUUCAGCGUACAGUCCGAAUUACCCUGUUUGCAACGCCCCCGUCAACGCUACCCAUCCGUAUGGAGAUCCAUCGCAAGAAUACUUCAAAUGUCACUCCAGCGAGCUCUAUUAUGUCUUUGGCACUCUGCCGACUUCCGAACCCUACCGUGAUGCAGAAGACCUGCCGUUCAUGCAGACCACACUCGACACCUGGACGGCAUUCGCCCGCACGUAUGAUCCGAACCCCGACCCGCUCUACCUAGCUGUGCGUGGGUAUUGGACCUCCUUCGGGCAGCUUGCACAACAGGCCCAAUGGCUCCCUGUCACGAACAAGACGCUUGACACCACACCGCUACGGACGCUCCAGUGGCCGAGCUACAUGACAGAAUUUGCGGAGCAGGCACAGUGCGAGUUCUUGGGGUAUCCGUUGGAUUACUUUGGCUGGUGA